AAGUGUUUACCAGACAAGGAAGAAACUGGUGUGCUUAUAAACCUGAUUUAUAAUCUGGAGUCGGAGAAGGAAAUGGUUACGAUAAAUCUCCCAUAUGUUUCACCACAGCUGGAUCAUUCAUAAGUUAUUUUUUAAGGAGCAAACGCGUUUACUUUUCCUUUCUCGUCACACACCGGAAGUAUGAAUAAAACUUAAGAGCCAGCAACAACAAUGGGGAUCACUAAACUGGCGGAACUGAUCCGUUUUAAUGCCCCAGGUGCGAUUUCUCAUAAGGACAUCAGAGACUACACAGGAAAAGCCAUUGCAUUGGAUGCAUCUGUUGUUGUGAACCAGUUCCGGACAGCCACACCCACACAGAGCGUGCUGACUGGCCUCUUCUACCGCACGCUCACCUUUCUGGAGCAUGACAUAAAGCCAGUCUUUGUAUUUGAUGGAAAGCCUCCAGUGGAGAAGACUCCUGUUUUGCAGAAGCGAGCUGAGGCAGCUGGCUGGAACCACGCCAAAUGUACAGGCACAGCAUCUUCACAGACCCAGGAUUGCCUCGAGCUCCUGAAGCAUCUUGGCGUACCUGCCAUCCAGGCUCCAGGGGAUGCCGAGGCCCUAUGUGCCCACCUGGUCAAAGAGGGGGCUGUCGAUGCCGCAGCUUCUGAGGACAUGGAUACAUUGCCCUUUGGGGCUGACAUUCUUAUUCGCCAACUGAAUGCCAAAAGGGAGAGUGAAGUUGUUGAAUAUUCCCUACCUAAGCUGUUAGAGGAACUCCAAAUUAGUCACGAGGAGCUAGUCGACCUGUGUAUUUUGCUGGGUUGUGACUACUGUGACAAGAUACCUGGUUUGGGUCCAAAAAAAGCUCUGAGACUGAUCCAGACGUAUCGUACAAUUGAGAAAGUCAUCCUGCAUAUCAACAGAGAGACCCAUUCGGUACCACAUUUCUGGAAAUACAAAGAAGCAAGGAGGAUCUUCUUGGAUGCCCCUCAAAUCCCAAUUCCUAAACUCCUCUGGACAGAGCCAGAUGAAGAGGCUGUGGUGAGGUUCCUCUGUCAUAUCAAAAGCAACAAAGAAGGAAGAGUACGUAAUCGGAUAAAGACGUUUCGUGACAAGCGAGAAAAAAUGCGGGAUGAGAGGCAAAAAGACAAAGCAGCCGGACGCAACUGGCAGACUCAAAUGGAGGACUUCUUUAGAGUGACCAGGAAGAGGGCUCACAAGAAGUUGUUUGUCAGUCGCCCAAUCUCCCCACUAGACCUCAGUAAGGUGUCGCUCCCUGGCCACCGCCGUCAGACGCGGCAAGUCUGCACAGAACUCACCCUCCCUGCGCCAGGUACGGUGACCAAACUCCCCCCCACCCCCCCUCCCUGGUGUUACUACCGGCUGUGUUCGGCUAUGGCGACGAGCGCGAAGCGAAAGCAGGAGGAGACUCACCUAAAGAUGCUCCGUGAAAUGACUAGCCUGCCCGCGAAUAGGAAAUGCUUCGACUGCGACCAACGCGGCCCGACGUAUGUCAACAUGACAGUGGGUUCCUUCGUCUGUACCACCUGCUCCGGUAUCUUGCGAGGGCUGAAUCCCCCACACAGAGUGAAGUCCAUCUCUAUGACCACAUUUACACAGCAGGAAAUAGAGUUCCUACAGAAACACAGCAAUGAGAUCUGUAAACACAUCUGGUUGGGCCUUUAUGACGACAGGACAUCAGUCGUUCCAGAUUUCCGAGAACCGCAGAGAGUAAAAGAGUUCCUUCAGGAAAAAUACGAGAAGAAAAGAUGGUAUGUUCCUCCAGACCAGGCCAGGGCAGUUUCGAGCGUCCAGGCCUCUGUGUCCGGCUCCUCAGCGAGCAGCACCGGCAGCACCCCUGAAGUCCAACCCCUCAAAACUCUGCAGCUCAACAAGACACCGCUGCGGCAGUCUCCAGGACUAGGUCGCUCCCAGGCUCACAGUGCCGCUCUGGAGAAAAAGUUUGACUUGCUCUCGGACCUGGGGGGAGAUAUUUUUGCAGCUCCACCAACUCAAACUGCCAGCUCUGCCAACUUUGCCAAUUUUGCACAUUUUCCAAGCCAGUCGGCACCUCAGGGUAAUUCAAAUACCAACUUUGCCAACUUUGAAGCAUUUGGAAACACUGCAAUUCCAUCCCACCUGAGCACAUCACCUCCCUCAAAGUCCUUUUCAUCAGGGGGAGGAGUGCCAAUUCCAUCAAUGUCCAGUGCAGUUGCUGCUCAGAGAGGGAGCCGUACAGAGGACCGCUAUGCUGCCCUUGCUGAGUUAGAUAAUGAGCUCAGCUCCUCUGCUUCCUCAGGCAGCAAUGUGCCAGGGAAUAUCUUUGGACCUGUUCUUGGUUCGUCGCCAGCUCAGAACCCACCUGUGUUACCCAGCAUUCAGCCUGGCUUUGGAGCCGUUCCAUCCACAAAUCCUUUUGUUGCCGCAGCGAUAGCCCCGGACAUGGCCACCAACCCUUUCCAGACCAACGGGCGAGGUCCAGUUGCAGCAUCCUUUGGUACUGGCUCUAUGAGCAUGCCCGCCGGCUUUGGGAAUGCGUCUUCCUACUGCCUCCCGACCAGUUUCAGUGGAAACUUCCAGCAGCAAUUCCCCGGCCAGGCACCCAUCCCUUACUCUCAACCCGGGGCCUAUCACCCUCAGUCUAAUGGUCCUGCAUUCCCAGUCUACGCUCAGAACAAGCCCACUAUUACACCAUUCGGGCAGCCUAUGGCUGUACCUGGCAUGACCAAUAAUCCAUUCAUGGCUGGAGCGCCGGCAGGGUCGUUCCCUUCAGGAGGCUCAUCCACCAACCCUUUCCUGUAGCACAGUUUCUGGGCUUUGCCACCAGAGGACAGCAUGCAGCACACACUCAACGCACUUGUUCCGUCAUGCAACUAGUGGCAGUACAUUUCUUAAAAAAAAAAAAAAGACUUGUUUUCUUUUCUCUCUUUUUUCAUAAAAGAAGUUUACAACACUAAGAAGGUGUACAAAGGAGUAUAUUGAAGACUAAGGGACUGUUAUGAGGGAAAUGUACUGUUUGGACUAUAAACAAAACAUUGAAUGCUUUUUUUUUUUGUUAAAACUGUAAGCUCUCUGCAUAUCAACAUUUAUGAUCACAAGUAAGUAUGUUUAGUGUAUGACAAAGACUGAAUUAACAAGGGCGAAUGUGCACACACCUUGUAUUUAAAAGAGUAAAGGAAACUAACACUACAAACUGUCUACAUUAGGCAAGGGUUUACAUUUUUAAGAUUAUUAACAGGGUUCCAUCCAAAUCCACAGCCCGUGGUGGGUGUUUCAUUUUUCAAAAGGGAUUUGUUUUUGUCCUAUUUUAGUCUUAAUGCUACUAUAUCAGCUCUAAUGAAUUGUUUAUUAACACACAGACCCUGUUGGCUAUAAUCCAAAGCAACGCCUUUUUCAUGUAGUUGAACAUACUGAGCAGGUUGAUGUGACAUUGGAUUGUUCUCAGGCUAUUAGUCAACGAUUUAUAUAUUGCCAGAAUAUAUAAAAUUGUGUGUGUCAGGUUCAAAUUUAAACCAAGUACAGCUAAAAAUAACUACAUUGCCAGCAGAGACAUUUAUUAUUCCAAUAAAUAGAGGGGCAAGCAUGUCUCUUAGAGCUCAAAUGGUGGAAAUGUGAGAAAGAACAGGUAUUUAGAGGUAUUUCUUAGUCUUGUUACUUACAUAAUUGAUACAUCAUUGGUAAAAUUGUUUAGUAUAUUCAAGUAACCUUAUUUCUGCUAGAUGUCAGAAAAGCAUAUUUAAGAUAUUCACUAUAUUUUAUGAGGACAAAUGGAUGGAGAGACUGUUAAUGAAAGCAAAGGCUAGUUAACCUAUUGACCUUAGAAGUAGUGGUUCACAUGGUUGGGGUUGGCUUGUCCUUUUAAAGCUAAGAAAAAAUCAAAACAGAGAAACAAAAUAUCUGAGUUAUGUUAUUGUCCCUUGACAUCUUAUUCUCUUUGCUGUGUUUUUUAAAGCUUCCCAGAAGGCCAGACAAUGGAAAUUCAUUGCAUCUUGGUUGGUUUAACAUAAGGCAUAAGAUAAUGAACAUUAAUUAUAGGGAUAAAACAAAUUACUGAGUCAACCUGACUUCAGAGAACUUGGGUCUCAGUUGUGCCACCCGUGACUAACAAUAAGUUUGACUAUGUGUCCCUUGUUUUUACAAGAACAGGGGAGUGUAUGUGUACAUAUAUAAAUACAUGUAUAAAUAAAUUAAA